CUUUAGCAAUAGUUUCUAUUCAACGUCUUUUAAAUUGACGCAGCUGAGUAAACUUGAUCGUUACGAUCGUAAUACUGAAAAAAAAUGCUGGGCACAGUAAAGAUUAGCUUAGUAAGUGGCAUAAGUAGAGCUGGGCCGGAUCAACAUGUUCGUAACUCAAAAGAAGCUGCUGAUGGAUUUUCAGAACCAAAGACCACGUCUGAUACUACCCAUCCUGGUCGUUAGUGUGGUAGUGCUUCUUAUAAUAUACACAACACAGGACAUGUCGACGCUUUUUUAUCGUAAUUGCGAAACCAAGGAACGGUCAACUGCAUACAACGUAGGAAUACUAUUAAAUAAGUUUUUCGUAGAAGAUGUUCUACUUUCGAGCUCAAGACCUCCGCCAGGUCGCACUAUAUUCUUCCACGAGACCACAUGUUAUCAUCAAGUUUCGCAGUUCAAUGUAAUGAAUCUGACGGCAAGACAAGCCUGUGCCAUCGAAUCCGCCGGCUUGAAUAAUCCAAAUUUCCAAGUGUUUGUAUUAUUUUCCUGUCCAACAUACCGUCCUCUGUCCGGUGGCCAAAAGCUCCUCAUCGAUGCAAUUGAGAUCUAUAAAAAUGUGCGGUUUCGUCAUUUGAACAUAAGGAAUUAUGCGAGCGACACUCCUGUUGAGGAUUGGAUUAAGAAAGGUGAUCUGCUUAACUCGAGCUUUCCGAUGCAGCAUACAGCCGACUUACUCCGUUUGAUAAGCCUAUACCGCUUUGGUGGCAUCUACCUGGACAUGGACGUGGUAGUGCUGCGAAGCUUGGAAAACGAGCCACUUAACUAUGUGGGUGCUCAUGACAAUAUCACUUUGGGCAAUGCUGUCAUCGGUCUAGAACCCACUGGCAAGGGCCAUGAGAUUGCAGAAUUAUUUUUGCGGGAUUACGAAAAAAAUUAUAAUGGAAAGGAGUAUGUACAAAAUGGACCAGCUCUUGUGACACGCGUUGUAAAAAAGCUUUGUGGCGACAACAUCGUUAAACUAAUUGAAGAAGGUCGGACAAGUUGCCAGGGGUUAAAAGUAUUCAACUCUACCGCUUUCUAUCCAUUCGGCUGGCCCCAGUGGAUGCAUUUUACUGAGCCGAAAUACCUGAAGGAAACAAUGACAAUUACCAAAGAUUCUUAUUUAAUACAUUUAUGGAACAAGGCUUCCUAUAGAGGCUUGAUCAGAGUCGGCUCUAACACGGCACUUGGGAUAUAUGCGAAAAGGCACUGUCCAAGGGUCUAUGCGGCAGCUGGUGAUUAUUUCUAAAUCUGCAGUACUUUAAGAUAAUUAUACUCAAUGAAUAUUGAAAAUUGUGCUCUUAAAAUGUAAAUAGUUAAUCAAAAAUUAUAUAAAUUAAAAAUAACUGGGUCAACUUUUUAUCUAAGAGAGUUAAAUUAA